AUGUCUCCCUCUGCAACGAAACAGAAGAUCAACCUCAAACGAAUCGCCCACGUCUAUUACCAGCACAAGAACCUCGAAGCCGCUCACCAGUUCCUCCUCGAUUUUGGCUUUAGCCCUAUUCAAAAGACAGAAGACAAGAUAUACUAUCGCGGAUAUGGCACAGAACCAUUUGUGAUCUGCGCGACCAAAGGGGCAGAAGACAAGUUCUUGGGAUCAGGUUGGGUGGUGGAUUCGAUGGAGGAUCUGGAGCUGGCAACCUCUCUUCCCAAUGCCACACCGAUUCACGACUCAGAUACUCCAGGUGGAGGAAAGAAGGUUACUUUCUACGACCCAGUCGACAACUGUCCGUGGCAUCUGGUUUAUGAACAGACAGCGGUAGAGAUUGCGGAGACUUUCCCAGAGCUAUCAUAUAAUUUCCCAACGUCGAAACAUCGACCUGUCAAUCAGAAGCAACGAUUCAAGAAAGGCCCAGCUCCUGUCCACAAGUUAGGACAUUAUGGUCUCUGCGUUACUGACUACAAGAAAGCCUACGAAUUCUAUACGGCAAACUUUAAUUUCAAGCCCAGCGAAUUGGUGUACGCGCCUGAUACUGGAGAGGAUAUCACCACAUUCUUGCACUUGGAUCGAGGUUCCGAAUGGGUCGACCACCACGCUUUCUUCUUCUUCGAGGGACCAAAAUUCCACGUCCAUCAUUCUAGCUUCGAGAUCUUCGACUUUGAUAUACAGAUGUUGGGGCAUACAUGGCUGAAUGAGAAGGGCUAUCAAAACUGUUGGGGUGUGGGAAGACAUGUAAUGGGCAGUCAGAUAUUCGAUUAUUGGUUUGAUCCAAGCAAGUUCAUCUUGGAACACUAUGUGGAUGGAGAUUUGGUUAAUGACGAGACGCCAAUCAACAAGACGAAAGCAGGACCUGGUAAUCUGCAUGUGUGGGGUCCAGAGGUACCUCCUACAUUUUUGCAGUGA